AUGGCACACGGUGUAUAUAGGGUUUAGGUGUGUGUACCGACUAGUAGGCUGCCAUUGGAGUGGAGCACUGGAAGAUUUGAAACAAACAUCUCGAGCAGGACAGGUGCGGAAAUGUUGUAGUUGUAUGCAGAAAAGGGUGCAGGGAGAGGCAGUUUGACUUGAGCACCUAGAAAAGCUGUGUAUACGUCGUAGUGUACACUUGUACUGCCUAGCUAUCACCGCACCCGCGGGGCCGCCUAACGCCCGCGACGUGCCGGCAGCUACAGCGUUUCUCGCGGCACAAUCGGACAGACACGAUGGCCAGCAAUUAUAGGUAAGUCUCAAGAUAGUAUUGCUUCGAUCUUAUGUACCGUUAGCCCGUCUCCCCAGCGCUGGAUACGACUAUGAGUUCGUGGACGAGGUCCCUCCGAAGUACAUCUGCUCCAUCUGUAUGAAGGUUUUGAGAAAGGCCCGCCUAGCAGAAUGCUGCGGCCAGCACUACUGCGAUUCCUGCCUCGAGCAGUGGUUUAGGUCAAACCCUUACCAAAAAUAUGCCCCUACUGUCGAAGUACGAACUUUCAACACGUACUGAACAAGGAGAAGAUCCGUGAGAUUAACGAGUUUCGAGUUCGGUGCACUAAUUUCGAACAGGGGUGCAAAUGGGUAGGUGAGCUGCAAUCAAUCAACAAUCAUCUCGAGUCUGAUAGUGGCUGCCGUUUGGUUCAUGUUAAAUGUAACAAUGGAGCAUACACACUGUAAGGUUUUAGAAUGGGGCGUGUGGUAUGUGGGGCAGAAAUGGAACGAGGAUAUCUCGCCGACCACUCGGAGAAUAAGUGCAGGUGUCGUCAGUAUGCGUGCGAGUACUGCGGCUAUGUCGAUACUUAUGAUGCCAUAGCUGGCACAGGGAAAAUGAGAAACCAACAUUCAAAUGUAACAUCAGGAAAUCAUUACAAUACGUGUGAAAAUUUUCCACUCAAAUGUGUGAAUGGAUGCAGAGAAAAAAAUAUCCGACGCAAGGACAUGAAAUCCCAUCAAGAACAGUGCCCCCUAGAAAAGAUUGGAUGUCCAUUUCAUAGUAUCUGCGAAGCUGACAUUCUUAGACAAGACAUGGAGAGCCACAAGAAAGAGUGUGAUUUUCGUCCACACACCUGUGAGUACUGUGGCCACGUUGGAGCUUUUUAUACCAUGUCUGGAACGGGAAAAUGUUGGAGACUACCAGAUGGCAAUCCUAGCCAUUAUGAAAUAUGUGAGUAUUAUCCACUUGAGUGCAUAAACAAGUGUGGUGAGUUGGAAAUCAAACGCAGAGAUAUGCAAAACCAUUGCAAGGUGUGCCCUAUGCAGCCACUUGAUUGCCCAUACUCAUGCACCCAUGGAAAGAUCCUUCAAAGGGACAUGGACAAACACAAGAAUGAAGAAUGUGAAAAUCGUCCCUAUACCUGCCAGUAUUGCAAUACACGUGGGACAUAUAGAUCUAUCAAUGGGAAAGGGGAAAAGUGGGAGAUCCCAUUACGAUGUAUGCGACCACUACCCACUUGAUUGUCCCAACAAAUGUGGAAAAAAGAGCAUCAAACGCAAGAAUAUACCACUCCAUCGAGAGAGGUGUCCUCUGGAGAAACUCAACUGCCCUUUCAAGUAUGCUGGUUGUAGUCUUCCCGUUCUACGUAAGAACAUGGACAGGCAUUGCAACAAAGGCGUGCAGAACCACUUGCUGUUGGUGGCAGAGGCACAUCAGAAGUUAGCCGGAAAAUGUGACGAGUUGACUCGCAAGAACGAGGAACUAGUUCGUAAGGUUGAGGAACUGGCUCCAAAUCCUAAACGGAUCCGACUCAGUUAUGACACUAACACGUUUAUGUUUUAGAGGCACC